AUGAGCUCGCAAACGACGAAAGUAUUCCAAACAGGAAUCAAAGACUUGAAGAUCUCUCUACCCUCAAAAGCUCAGACAUAUACUGAACUUAGAUGUAACGUUAUUCUUGUCGCUAAAUAUGAUUUCGAGGCUGAAUCGGAACACGAACUUUCGGUGAAGAAAGGGGUUGUUGUCAAAUUGUUAAACCGCAUGAAAAACGGAUGGGUGCUUGUUCAGCUUCUUGAUGAGGUCAAGCCGCCUGGUUUGGUUCCAUCGUCUUAUGUCGAUAUCGCUGUGAAUGAUCCAAGACAUCCAAUCACUUUGCAAUGGCUCCGCUCGAUGGAUGAAACAGCAGGCGGGAAAUCAAAAACGUUCAUGGACGUAGAGGUGAGAACUUUACUAGAAAACAAUACUCCUGUCACUUUCAACAACAAACCUUAUCCCUUGAGUGCUUCUGUUGCUCAUUAUCUUACGUUCGAAGACCGUUUUUGGUACCGUGUGGAUGUUGAUUACAGUACUGGGGAACACGGCUACCUAUGCCGUUACUAUCAAGAUUUCUACGAUUUGCAUGUGCAUUUACUUGAGAAUUUCACUUCGGUCGAUAUCGGCGAGUCUGAGGAAAGUGUCAAGCUUCCAAAACUCCCUGAACCCGUCCCUUCUCUGUCGUGUUCAUCAGAGGAUGCUGAAGUAUUCCUGCGUCGUUGUAAGCAGUUGUCAUCCUAUAUGAGUGAUCUUAUAUCCAACAAGCACUAUCAAACGUGCUUUGCUUUAGUUGAAUGGUUAGAGGCAGACUACAAGGGCCUUCCUGGUAUAGUUACACCACAACUGAUAAAUGAUUCGACGGAAGCUAUCAAUCAAAAAAUAUUACCGGGAUCGGUGACUUUGGCUUCUAAGACAAAACCACCAGCCACACCUCGAAGUGAUCCAACACCAAAACCUUCCCCAGCGGAACAAUCGGAAUAUGGCAUUCCUAGUGCUCCUUCAGGUCCACAAAGGACGCGAACGCAGUCCAAGAAUAUCUACAAUCACUACAGGCAGAUAUUAAACUAUUCACCUGACGCUGCAUCUCUUCAAAGAUCGUCUACAACAAAAGAAGUCACGCGAAACGGGCUGAUAAACGUCGGUAAACGCAAUGUUUCAGGAGGUCUUCUGAGGGCCCGUACAGUCCAAGUUGCUACAACUGCCACGAAUGCUCCUUCGACGCCGAAGGUUGGAGGAGAAAGCCCAGGUCAAAACCUCCUGGGUCAUCCAAAGUUCUCUACACCCCCUAAUGUUCAUGGUGACAUGUCUUCGCAAGAGCCGUACGCUCCUCCAAAAUUCUCGUCCAGUCCCAGUUUGAAGGGAGGAAGCCCCGGGUCACAAAUGCAUCCUAAAUUCUCUACACCAAAAAUCGGAGGCGAAAGUCCGCUGUUUGCCCCUUUCACACCCCCUCAGAAUGAUGCUUGGAUCAAAUGUCAAGUCAAAACGCAACGUGGGGAUGUUAUUUCUAUCCGUGUAGAAAAGAAGAGCUUCACUACCAUUGAAGAUUUCAAAAAGGUUAUUUACUCGAAAGUUGCCUUCAAUAAUUUAUUCAUCAAACUACCUCAUUCCGAAUCGUUUGAGGAGAUAGAAUCACCGGAGACCGAUAGUCUUAACUUUCUCAAUUCCUCGAGCAAGGUACUUCUUCUACUUACAUGA